AUGGCAUAUACUAUGUCUGGUGACCCAGUUGACUCUGAUUCAGAUAUUGAUGAGCCAGUGGCGCUACCCCUGGAAAAGUCCCAGCAACGCCGAUUGCAGAAUGCUGUCUUCACAGAGCUACUCGAGCAACACGUCAUCGACGAGUCAAAUAACGGACCUGAAGAAGACACCUGCACCCCGAAGGCUGAGGUUUCUGUUGCUCGUUUAAUUGCAGACCAGGGCGUGGAAACAGGAGCACUGGAUCCUCGUGAAUACCAAAUCCAGCUCUUUGAGAAGGCCAAAAUUCAAAACACAAUCGCUGUUCUAGAUACAGGCUCUGGGAAGACACUGGUUGCGGUGCUUUUGCUCAAGUACAUACUUGAGCGUGAACUGCUGGCUCGUGCAGAAGGCGCAAAGCCACGAAUUUCUUUCUUCCUUGUGGAUAGCGUGACCCUGGUCUUUCAACAAUCCACUGUAUUACGCAACAACAUCAACCAGAAGGUGGCUCAAUUCUAUGGUGCACUGGGGUCCGAUCUGUGGGAUAAAGAGAUUUGGAAGAAGCAUCUUGAGAACUACAUGGUCAUCGUCUGCACUGCCGACAUCUUGAAUCAGGCUCUACUAAAUGGGCACGUCAAGAUCGAUCAGAUCAAUCUUUUGAUAUUUGACGAGGCACACCAUGCGAAAAAGGAGCACCCAUAUGCCCGAAUCAUUAGAGAGACCUACCUGACCACAGAUCCGACCAAGCGGCCGAGAGUUUUCGGUAUGACAGCUUCUCCAGUUGAUGCCAAGUGUGACAUAGCAGAAGCAGCAAUACAGCUGGAAAACCUUAUGGACUGUCAUAUUGCAACAACAUCGAAUAUCUCUCUCUUGCGCCAGUUCGUAAGCAAACCAACAGAAGAAGAAUGGGUGUACGAAAAGCCCCCUGCACCAUUUGAGACCGAGCUGCAUGGGAUCUUGAAAGCCAGAUAUGGGGAUCUACAGCACCUCAGCGGCAUAUUUCAAUUCUCAUUGAAUGCAAGCUCCGAGCUAGGCCCUUGGUGCGCAGACCAGGUCUGGGUGCUCGCGCUUGCGGAUGAAGUUGUCCCCAAACUUCAAGCUGUCAUUCUUAAAGAUGCACAGUCCGAUCCUCAGAUUCUCGAAAGGGUUGAAAAUGAAAUCGAACGAGCCCGUGAAGCGAGUGAAUUUGCCAGGAAAUAUGUCCUCGAGAACUCUUCUAGGCCCAAUGGUUUGAGCUCCAAGGUUGAGCUUUUACUGAGAAAGCUAGGCGAUCAAUUCAUCAGGCAUCCUGAUACCAAGUGCAUUGUAUUUACAAAGCGCAGGAAUACCGCUAAGGUUCUGUUACAGCUGUGCAAAAACAAGGAAAUCUUGAACCUGCGGCCUGAUCUGUUGGUCGGUGUACGCAGGGGCGAUACCAUGGGAAUGAAUGUGACAUUUCGGCAGCAGUUUCUUGCAUUGCUGAAGUUCCGAAAAGGGGAAGUCAACUGUCUAUUCGCAACUUCGGUGGCCGAAGAAGGCCUAGACAUACCAGAUUGCAAUCUCGUUGUGCGGUUCAAUAUUUAUGAGACCGUCAUUCAAUAUGUUCAAAGUCGAGGUCGUGCUAGGCAUUCCGACUCUGUGUAUGCAACAAUGGUUGAAAGACGAAAUCGGCAACACCAAAUGAAAAUACAGGAAGUCAAGAAAGCAGAGGUAUGCAAAGGGUAUCCGAGUCCUUUGGAGUGGUCAAUCGAACUGACUUGGCUCUUCGAGCUUCUCAUGAGGAACUUCUGCAAGAUGCUGCCAGCAGACAGAAGGCUUUACGGAACCGAACAUGACUUGGAGGACAUCAUGCACGGGGAACGUCGGAAGAGAUCAUAUACUGUUGCCGCAACCGGGGCUAAAUUGACCUAUCGACACGCAAUCGAUGUGCUUGGGCGGUUUGCAAGCUCACUGCAAUAUGAGAAUGAGAAUGCAGCCCGGGCUACCUACAUCGUCAUCGCCCAGAAUGAUUCGUUCAGCUGUGAGAUCAUCUUACCAGAGAAGUCGCCCAUUCGAGGAAUCAUCGGAUGCCCCGAGGUAAAGAAGUCAGUUGCAAAGCAGUCCGCUGCUUUUGACGCCUGCCUACUACUGCGAAAAAACAACCUACUGGAUGAUCACUUCAAUUCCAUAUACCACAAACGCCUACCCGCAAUGCGCAAUGCCAAGCUUGCCAUCACAUCCAAGAAGACGGAUCAGUACAAAAUGCGAAAUAAGCCUACGAUUUGGCUCAGAGGACAAGGAAUUACACCAACACGCCUCUAUGCGACGGUGAUAUGUUUGGUUCCUACGGAGCCUCUCAAUCCGGAGCCUGCAAACAUGAUUAUUUUCACCAGAGACAGACUUCCAGAGUUCCCAACUUUCCCGGUUUACUUGGAUAACGACAUCAAAACUACAGUGCAUUGCUCGUCCUUGGAUGGGUAUUUGGAGGUCACUCCUUUCACAUUGGGACUAUUCACUGAUUUCACGCUCACUGUGUUUCACGAUAUCUUCAAGAAAACAUAUUCUCCUGUCGCAGAAGCCUUCCCUUACUGGCUUGCUCCCCUACAUGAAAUCUCAACAAAGCCAGUGUCUGAAAGAUCAACCAGUAUCUUUGACAUGAUUGACUGGGAAACUCUGCAUUACGUUCAAGACAACCCUGAAAUCAGAUGGUCUGCAGACAUGGAGCCCGAGUCACUGCUCAAUCAAUUCAUGUACGAUGACUGGAAUGGAAAGUAUCGUUACUUCACGACUGCCAUAGACCACCAUCUGCGCCCUUCCGACCCGCCCCCUUAUUAUGCACCAUUGCGGAAGUGGAAUACGAAUAUAUUGAGCUGGUCAUUGAGCCUGAGCAAGAAUUCCCGUUCGAAAUUUUUCAAUCGCUGCGACUGGAGUCAGCCAGUCUUGCAGGCGGAGUUGAUCUCUUCUCGCCGAAACUUCCUUGACAAAGCAUCGGACGAGGAGAAAUUGGCAAACUUCAGGUGUGUUCUCUGUCCCCAAGCUGUGAAUAUCUCACCGCUCUCUGUUCCAAUAGUCACGGCAUGUCUAGCCUUCCCAUCAAUUAUAUCCCGCUUGGAGUCCUACUUGAUCGCUCAAGAGGGAUGUGAGAUACUGGGCCUUGAUGUCAAUCUUGAAUAUGCCCUUGAGGCGUUCACCAAAGAUUCUGACAAUACCGAGGAGCAUCGGGGUCUACAAGUUCACGUUCAGCGUGGAAUGGGAAAGAACUAUGAGCGGCUUGAACUUCUGGGUGACUCUGUUCUCAAGCUUGCAACAACAAUAUCACUGUUUGUCCAGAACCCGGAAGAUGAUGAAUACGACUAUCAUGUCAACAGAAUGUGUUUGAUCUGCAACAAGAACUUGUUUAUCAAUGCCAAAAAACGGAGACUAUACGAAUACGUGCGAAGUCGUGGAUUCUCUCGGUAUGUCUGGCACAUGUGGUACCCCCCGGGCCUUUCCCUCGAAGUCGGUCGAGACCAUGCCAAGUUUGUUAUCAACGAGAGUCAACAUGCUCUGGCCGAGAAAACCAUUGCAGAUGUUUGUGAGGCCUUGAUAGGGGCUUCAUUGCUGUCUGGAAGUGAUGAAAAUCGCUUUGACAGGUCAAUCAAAGCUGUGACAGUGUUAGUGAAUAGCCCAACCCAUACAGCCACUUCGUGGAAAGAUUACAUCUCUAUGUACUCUCUUCCUUCAUAUCAGACUCACACGGCCGAUGCAUUCGAAGAAAAUCUGAGUGAGCAGGUUGCUGAGUUGGGGCACAAAUUCAAGUAUCCCCGUCUUCUUCGGUCAGCAUUUACUCACCCAUCAUAUCCACUGGCAUGGUCGAAGGUGCCUUGCUAUCAACGCCUCGAGUUCUUGGGAGAUGCGCUCCUGGAUAUGGUCUGUGUUGAAUAUCUUUUUCACCGUUUCCCUGAUCGAGAUCCCCAAUGGCUCACAGAGCAUAAAAUGGCUAUGGUGUCCAACAAGUUCCUUGGUGCGUUAGCAGUGAAGCUGGGUUUUCACAAACAUCUCCAACAUUUCAGCAAUGCUCUGAUGGCCCAAAUCACAAACUAUGCAGAAGAGACGUUACUGGCAGAACAAGAGCUCAACGGAGAGGUAGAUUACUGGUUAUCGACUACAGACUCUCCCAAAUGUCUUCCUGAUAUGCUAGAAGCCUAUCUUGGAGCCAUCUUCGUGGAUUCUGGCUUUGACUUCGCUGUGAUUGAAGCCUUCUUCGAAUCACACAUGAUGGCUUGCUUCCAGGAUAUGUCUAUCUAUGACACCUUUGCGAACAGACACCCCACGACAUUCCUUCACAGUCAAUUGACCUCGGAAUUCCUGUGCAGCGACUACUGCCUGAAAUCGGGUACAAUAACGGCCGUCGAUGGAGAGACCCCUAAAGUACUUUCCGCAGUCAUUGUUCACGGCACGACGGUUGCAAAGGCAGUCGCAUCCUCGGGUCGAUAUGCUAAAGUCAAAGCGAGUUCCCAAGCGUUGACUGUCCUCGAGGGAAUGAGUCGCGCAGAAUUUCGCAAGAAAUACAAGUGUGACUGUCGAGGGGAUCGGAUACAAGACAUGGAGUUCGGAACAGCAAUUUGA